GAGAAUUGUACUCUCGCAAAUAAAAGCAAUGAAGUCAAAACUAUUGGGUGAAAUGCUCCGUAGCGUACAACUCAUUCCAUGAUUCAAAAUUUUGUGAAGCAGAGGAUUGUCGAUUUCACUGCUAAAUUUCAUUAGAUCUGCAGAUUACGCUAAAUUUCAUUAGAUCUGCAGAUUACGCUAAAUUUCUCCAUUCCUUGCUCUCACGCAGCGCGAUUUGCUGUUUUCAAUCCUGUUAUCAUGAGUUACAGAAGGGACCAUAGAGGCUCGAGGUCUGCACUUUUUGAUAACAUGGAUGCCCUUGAAGCGGGUGGACUCAGGACCUCUUCAUCAUAUUCAAGUGGCAUGGAUGAUCAUGACAAUGAGAAAACUGUGGAUAGUUUGCACGAUAGAGUCAGCUUCCUGAAACGAUUGACGGGAGACAUACAUGAGGAGGUGGAGACUCACAACCGUGUACUAGAUAGGAUGGGCAAUGAGAUGGAUGCAUCAAGAGGAAUCAUGUCAGGAACAAUGGAUCGUUUUAAAAUGGUGUUUGAAAAGAAAUCGAAUAAGACAAUCUGCAAACUUGCAGGAUAUUUUGUGAUUUCUUUCUUUGUGCUGUAUUAUGGGAUUAGGAUUCUCCUGUAUUACCUGUAUGGUUAAUCCGGGAUUGUGAUGUCGUACACAUGUUCUGCGGUGUUCUCUUUCGUGAUAAAACUCCAAACGAGGAAUCCAGAGUACAUAAUUACUGAAGCUACGGAAUCAUGCCUAAGGACAGGUAUUGGCAAUUCUGAUCUCGAAGCUCCAUCCACCGAACUACAUGUUACCGUUAGCAUACUAUUUUAGAACAUAGCUUUUUUGGUACAUCAGCAUCAUAGCUACUAUUUUAGUCACUGGCUCGUGUAAAUAUAUUCUUUUCUCCCUCCUUGUUCCUAUUCUCCAUUACUAUAUACAACUAAUACACAACGUUACUAUUUCCUGUUAAA